CAUCGCCUUCACCUUCACCUUACACUAUAUUGAUUGUAGCAUGAGGAUGAUGAUAGACUUGGGGAGCCAGAGAGGGCCUCUCCAUAUAAAUACAAUAGAUAUGGCAACCUCUGUGGAGUGUGGGCGGGAAGUUAGGUUCCGGCGAUCCUUAUGGUCCCUGGUGGAAUGUAUGGUCCCUUGUUGCGGCUUACCGCCUUCAAUGUCAGGCACAGUUUCUAGCGACACGGAAUCAAGCCAUGGCUCAAUCACUACUUCAACGUCAAUUUCAACUUCAACAUCAACCAUCACGGGGACUUUCUUCGGGUACAGGAAGGGGCGCGUGAGCUUCUGCCUGCAGGAUGACAGCCGAAGCUCUCCGCUUUUACUGUUGGAGUUGGGUGUCCCUACUGCUUACCUUGCCAGAGAGAUGCAGUACGGUCUGCUGAGGAUAGCGCUGGAGUGCGACGACAAGAGCAAAGAGAGAUGCGGGCUUUAUAACGUCCCCGUUUGGUCCAUGUACUGCAAUGGAAGAAAGGUGGGGUUUGCCAUUAAGAGGAAGAUGAGCAGCAAUGAUGCGGCGGUGCUUAAGCUCAUGCAGUCCGUGUCGGUGGGAGCCGGAGUUUUGCCGGUUUCUCCAAAGUGUGAAGAGGACGGGGAGCUGAUGUAUAUGCGAGCUAGUUUCCAGAGGGUCAUUGGCUCACCUCAUUCCCACUCAUUUCACAUGCUUAAUCCACUGGGUAGCACUGCUCAGGAACUCAGUAUCUUCCUAUUCAGAUCCUGACAUCUCUUUAUGUACAUAUAUCUUAUUUUCGCACUCCUCCAAUACUCUAAUCAAUUUCAAAAAUUAAUUUUAAACCCAA